UUUAGCUAGGGAGAAUACCCUGUUUCUAUGAGUUCAGAAGCGAAAUGGGAUCUGAAUCCCAUCAAAUUUAUUGGUUUUCUCAUUGUUUGUGUGAUGGUUUUGACUGUUCUAUUGACUGCUUCUGCUGUACUCAGGGAUUUGCCUUCUGAAAGCCUCAAGAAUUUGGCUAAAGCUAAAAUAUUUGAUGCUAAACCUCCAAAUGCCACAGUUUAUGAAGAACAUGUUAGUCAUCAGCAAGUCAUAGUGCAGAAAGAUAAACUGCUUGGUGGCCUUCUUCCUUCUGGAAUUGAUCAAACAUCUUGUCUGAGUAGACAUGAAUCCGUCUUAUAUCAUAAAGAACUUCGUCACAAGCCAUCGUCUUACCUCAUCUCAAAGUUACGAAACUACGAGUCACUUCAUAGGCAAUGUGGUCCUCAUACAGAAUUAUACAACAGAAGCGUUGAGCUUAUCAAGUCUGGCCACUACAGAUUAGGUUCAGCAGAUUGUAAUUACUUGGUUUGGAUUUCCUAUAGUGGUUUAGGAAAUAGAAUGCUAACCUUAGCUUCUGCUUUCUUAUAUGCUCUUCUUAAUAACCGAGUCCUACUCGUUGAUCCUGGAGCCAAUAUGCUUGGUCUUUUCUGUGAACCUUUUCCAGAGACUUCCUGGUUGAUUCCUAAAGAUUUCCCUCUAAUCAAUCAGUUUAAUACCUUUGAUCAGAAAUCUCCUAAUUCCUAUGGUUAUAUGCUAAAGAAUAAAAUCAUAGGAAAUACAUCAAUAAAACCUCCUUUCAUUUACCUCCAUUUAGCUCAUGAUUAUGAUGAUCAAGAUAAAUUGUUUUUCUGUGACCAGAAUCAAAGUUUUCUCCAGAAAAGCCCCUGGCUACUCAUGAAGACAGAUAAUUAUUUUGUGCCAUUUCUUUUCUUGAUCCCAACAUUUGAGCAAGAAUUGAGUAAUCUUUUUCCAGAAAAAGAAACCGUCUUCUAUUUUCUCGGUAGAUACCUGUUCCAUCCCACAAAUUCAGUAUGGGGGCUUGUUAAGAGGUACUAUCAAGCGUAUUUAGCCCAAGCAGACGAAAAAUUAGGCAUUCAAAUUAGAGUCUUGGAGACCAAUGCCGGUCCUUUUAAGUAUGUAUUUGAUCAGAUCGUUGAUUGUACAAUGAAGGAGAAUCUUCUGCCGCAAAUUAACCGGUCCAGUGAGCCUAUAGUCCUCAACCAAUCGGGGAAACAGAAGAACAUAGCUGUCCUGAUAACUUCUCUAAGCUCUGGAUACUCAGAAGAGUUCCAGAAAAUGUACUGGGAGAAUCCAACUGUGACAGGAGAGAUCGUUAGCUUUUACCAGCCGAGUCAGGAGGAAUAUCAGCAAAGUAAGAAUCUAAUGCACGAGCGAAAGGCGUUGGCAGAAAUGUACCUACUGAGUUUAAGUGAUAAAUUGGUUACCAGUGGAUGGUCGACUUUCGGGUAUGUGGCUCAGGGUCUUGGAGGACUGAAGCCCUGGAUCCUAUACAAGGCUAAUCAGAACAGGACAGCUCAUAAUCCGCCUUGUGUUCGAGCUGCAUCAUUGGAGCCGUGUUUCCAUGCCCCGCCUUACUAUGAUUGCAAAAUGAAAACGUCAACAGACACGAGCAAAAUUGUUCCUCAUGUCAGGCACUGUGAGGAUGUGAGCUGGGGCUUAAAGCUAUUUGACCAAAAUGGUGAAUUAUAACACAUUUUUGACAUGGAGUUGAUCAAAUCUUGGUUUCAAUUUUAAUGUGCAUUCUUUUUUCACUCUGCAUUGAGAGG